GCUUGCGUUGCGAAUGCGAUGCCGAUGAUAAAACAGGAAGGUGUGAUUGAUUAGUUGUUUCGGUUGUUUCGUCGGAUCGGAAUUGUUUACAAAGAUUGUAACGAACAACUUGCUGCGGGCUCAUAAAAUCGUUGUCUAAAUUUUCGUUAUUCGAGAAAAUUAAUUAUUCAUCGCAGAAAGGUCAAACUUGUAAGCGCCAAUCGUACCAGGUUGCGUAAUUGUAGACUUUAUUUUUGUAACCAAUCGAUUGGAAUUUGGAAUGGAACAAUCACCCUUACCUAGUUUGAGGAUGGGCAGUGCAGCAAAAAUAUCUCCGGAGGACGAAUCCGUUUCAAAUGGGCCUACAUCAACGGUGUCAGCUUUGAACGGGGCCACUUAUAGGCCAAUCGAGGAAAUAGAAAUCCCUGUGCCGUGGGGUACCGUAGCAGGCAAAUGGUGGGGCUCUCGACAGAAACAGCCUGUGCUAGCUUUCCACGGUUGGCAGGAUAAUGCGGGUACAUUUGAUCGACUCUGUCCGCUGCUACCGGACGACAUUCCAAUUUUAGCCAUUGAUCUCCCCGGUCACGGCCGGUCGUCUCACUAUCCAAAGGGAAUGCACUAUUACGUUUUCUGGGACGGAAUCUCGCUGAUCAGGCGAAUCGUGCAGUACUACGGCUGGACGAAGAUUUGGUUGCUCGGCCAUUCAUUGGGAGGGGCAUUGAGCUUCAUGUAUGCGGCGGCCUUUCCGGACGAUGUCGAAGGAUUUAUUAGUAUUGAUAUAGCUGGGCCUCCAGCUCGCUGCCAUCGCAAGCAAGCGGCAAACUUAGGUGAAAGUAUCGAUCGAUUUCUACGUUACGAAACGUUCCCGGAAUCGAAAACACCAUGCUACAAGUAUGACGAUGCUAUUGAUGUAGUUCUGGCCGCAUACGAUGGAUCCGUAGAUCUACAAUCGGCGGAAGUUCUUUCGAGACGUGGCAUGGUCCCAGCGCCAGCUCAUCUGAAUAAGGAAGGAUUUUGCUUUUCGAGAGAUUUACGAUUGAAGGUGGCUCUGAUGGGGAUGCUUUCAUUGGAGCAAAUUCUUGCUCAUGCGGAAAGAAUUAAAUGUAAGGUGUUGAACAUUCGUGCUGUACCGGGACUGAAAUUUGAUAAUCCAGAUUACUACCCAAGCGUUGUGGAAGCUAUGAAGAAAUCAUCCGAUAAAGUGGUGUACCUUGAAAUUCCGGGCACCCAUCAUCUCCAUUUGACGACGCCGGAACGAAUAUCUCAGCAAGUUACGGAUUUUCUGCAAGACAGGAUUUAAACUAAUUGUAUUGUCUUAUAAAAUAGCAUGUUUUCGAUUCACAAAUCUUGGCACAGCAGUUAUGUCAGUAUCACUACUUGUUACACAGCGCACUCCUUGAAAUGCUCGCUCAAAAAGGCAGCAUUUGUAUAAUUAAUGUAGAAUGAAUCUAUGCAUAUGAUGUCUUACAAAUUAAUGGCACUCAUCCUUACUAUAAGCAAAUUUUUAAAAUUAACUAUCGGGUAAAAGGAAACAAUGGCAGUUAUCAGAGGUGAAAAAUAAUUAUUUAGGAACUGGUAGGGAAGCAAAAAGGUAGUAGUGAGGAAGUGGCUGCUGCUUCUUUGCGCAUCAUAACCAUAUUAAUUUGUUUUCAAGACAUUUCCUUUGAUUGAACAUUUUAUGUACCGAGCAGUGAUGUGAAUGUGAUAUAUAUAUUUUUGUAUGUCCUUGAGCAAAUAAUACACUUUUUGUAUUUCGUUACCGUUAAAUAGCAGUUUUACUCGUCUUUUUUACA